AUGGCGACGGCGGUCAGCAACGGUGGAGGAAAAGUUUGUUGCAAGUCCGGUCCGGGUUAUGCGACGCCUCUUGCCGCCAUGUCCGGUCCAUCUGAAAAACUCAUCUACGUCACCGCUCUCUACUCCGGAACGGGAAGAGAGAAACCGGACUACUUGGCGACGGUGGAUGUUGAUCCAAACUCACCAACAUAUUCAAGUGUCAUUCACAGACUGAAAAUGCCUUAUAUAGGCGAUGAGCUUCACCACACUGGUUGGAACUCUUGCAGCUCUUGCCAUGGUGAUGCUUCUGCUGAUAGACGUUACCUCGUCGUACCAGGCUUAAUAUCUGGUCGCAUCUACGCGAUUGACACAAAGACGGAUCCAAAGGCUCCAUCUUUGUAUAAAGUUGUAGAGCCUGAAGAGAUAGCUGAAAAGACAGGAUUAGGGUUUCCACACACGUCUCAUUGCCUUGCCUCAGGAGAUAUGUUGGUUUCUUGCCUUGGUGACAAAGAAGGAAACGCUAAAGGAAACGGGUUCCUUCUUCUUGAUUCUGAUUUCAAUGUCAAGGGAAGGUGGGAGAAACCAGGACAUAGUCCUUUGUUUGGGUAUGAUUUUUGGUACCAGCCUCGCCACAAGACUAUGAUCAGCACUUCUUGGGGUGCACCUAAAGCGUUUUCCAAAGGUUUUGAUCUCCAGCAUGUUGCUGAUGGUUUGUAUGGAAGUCAUUUACAUGUUUAUGAUUGGCCUGGAGGUGAAAUGAAACAACUGAUCGAUCUUGGAGAGAGUGGUCUCAUACCACUUGAGAUUAGGUUCUUGCAUGAUCCGUCUAAAGAUAUAGGGUAUGUUGGGAGUGCCUUGUCUAGUAAUAUGAUAAGAUUUUUCAAGAACAGUGAUGACACAUGGAGUCAUGAGGUGGUUAUAUCAGUUAAGCCAUUGAAAGUUGAGAACUGGAUUCUUCCAGAAAUGCCAGGGCUUAUCACCGACUUCUUGAUCUCCCUCGAUGACAAAUUCAUCUACUUUGUAAACUGGCUUCAUGGAGACAUUCGUCAGUACAACAUCGAAGACCCUAAAAACCCUGUUUUAGCCGGACAAAUUUGGGUUGGAGGGUUACUACAAAAGGGCAGUCCUGUUAAGGCUGUUGGAGAAGAUGGCAACACCUACCAGUUCAAUGUUCCUCAGAUCAAGGGGAAACCUUUGAGAGGAGGACCUCAGAUGAUCCAGCUGAGCCUUGAUGGAAAACGAUUGUAUGCGACAAACUCGCUGUUUAGUGCAUGGGACCGUCAGUUUUACCCGGAACUAAUGGAAAAAGGAGCACACAUAAUUCAGAUUGAUGUUGAUACAGAGAAAGGUGGUCUCACCAUAAACCCUAAUUUCUUUGUGGACUUUGGUGAUGAACCUGAUGGUCCUGCGCUUGCCCAUGAGAUGAGAUAUCCCGGUGGAGACUGCACCUCCGAUAUCUGGAUCUGA